AUGAUGGCUUCCCUCGCUACUCUCCCCAACACGACCACAAGCACGCCGGUCGGCCGGAAGCGAAGUCGCAAGAGCGCGACGCCCAGAGAGGUCCCAACAAACGGUUUGCAAACGAAUACGUUUCCAACCGACCAGCCGGUGCUUCGACAUGACCCGGCCAGACCCGGCCCUACGGACUCGGCCGAGCCCGAAGAGGAGAAGUGGGCCAUCCACCUGUUGCUCCUCCUGAAGGCUACGGACUCGGCGCGCGUGAUGAGCGACGACGAUGACAACGACAACGACAGCGAACUCGAGAGCGCCGACAGCAACGACCAGAGCGAGUCGGAGGUCGAGGAGUACUCUCGCAUGCGAUCCAGCAUGGCGGUCGACGGCGACGAAGAGGCCGACGACGAGGAGGUCAGCGACGUCGACGUCGCUGCCCGCUCCCCGGCCAACAUCAAGAACGAAAGCGAAGCUGCUAAGAGCGAAAGCGAAAGCGAAGAUAGCAAUUCGAUGAUGGAUGAAGAGGAGGACGGCGACAACGACGAAGACGAAGACGUCGAUCAGCCCGAGGAAGAAGAUUUCUCCGAGGGUGACGAAUAUGUCGAUCCAUCGUCCUCCACACGCCGGAGCCGGAGCCACGCCACCCGGCGGCAGUCGUCGACGCCUUCGCCGCCGGCCUCAACCCCGAUGACGCCUCAUCACCGCGUCACCGCGCCCGCCACCGCCUCCGCCUCAGUCUACCCUGGCCAGCCCGAGCCCUACAACUCGCCGAGCUCGUUCGGAGUUGUGCCCGUGUCCACCAUCGCCGCACACUCACCGCUUUCAUCAUCGACCGCCUCUGCGGCGUCGGCAUCGAGCAAGAAGACGCGCAAGCCCAAGUACAGCGCGGCGCUGGAGGCGCGGUGGGAGGAGAAGUUCGAGUGGCUGUUGACCUACAAGCGGGUCAAGGGCAACUGCCGCGUGGCCGAGGGCAACAAGGAGUACCCAGGCCUGGGCAAGUGGCUCAGCAACCAGAAGACCCUGUGCAAGAAGGGCAAGCUCAAGGCCGAGAGGCGCCAGAAGCUCAUCGACGUCGGCGCCAUUGCCGACGCGGCGCUCAGGUCUGGAUCGUCGUCAUCGGCGGCGGCCAGGGCCGGCGCCAUGUCCAUGAUGACGUCAUCAUCGCCGCCUUCGUCGCCUUCGAGUUCGGCCUCGGCCGCGGCCUCGCCGCGCCUGGGCAUGGGGGCCGAUCACCCGGGCGUCGAGGGUAGCGACGACGACGCGCAGGGCCCGCUUACCAAGCGCCGCAGGAAGGGCCACGAGUUGGUGGUCAACAUCGAACGCAUCCCAUCCAUGUCGUCCGACCAGGAGAUCGACAGCGCGGUCUCGUCGCCCUCGACAACGCCCGUCACAGCCGGCGGGCUCUUCUCGGCCUCGUCGCCAUUCCGCACCUUCCAGGGCAAGCCCAUCCUGCCGUCCCUCUCCUUCCCGCACCCAAUGGCCCCUGGCGGACUCCACCCCUACCUGCCGCCCCAGCAGCAGCCGACGCCACAACAGCAACAGUGCGCUGGCAACGGCUCGUUCCUGUCUUUCGCGCUGACGGCGAUGCCGCCUACGGUGCUGUUCCCGUCCUACUCCAUCCUGGGAGCCGGCGCUGCCACGGCGAGCUCCGGACCCACCGCCGCGCCUUCUCUUUCGCUUCACUAG